UAGAAGGAUGAGAGGGCAUCUUAUUGAAACAUAUAAGAUUGUUAAGAGUUUGGACACGCUAGAGGCAGGAAACAUGUUCCCGAUGUUGGGGGAGUCCAGAACCUGGGACCACAGUUUAAGAAUAAGGAGAAAGCCAUUUAGAACGGAGACGAAGAAACACUUUUUCUCACAGUGGUGAGUCUGUGGAAUUCUCUGCCUCAGAGGGCGGCGGAGGCAGGUUCAGGGAUAGCGGAGUCAGGGGAUAUGGGGAUAAGGCAGGAACGGGGUACUGAUUGGGGAUGAUCAGCCAUGAUCACAUUGAAUGGCGGUGCAGGCUCGAAGGGACGAAUGGCCUACUCCUGCACCUAUUGUCUAUUGUUUAGUUUAGUUCAGAGCUACAGCGUGGAAACAGGCCCUUCGGCCCACUGGGUCCGCGCUGACUUGCGAUCCCCGCACAUUAACACUAUCCUACACCCACUAGGGACAAUUUUUACAUUUACCAAGCCAAUUAACCUACAAACCUGCAAGUGUUUGGAGUGCGGGAGGAAACCGAAGAUCUCGGAGAAAACCCCCCCAGGUCACAGGGAGAACGUACAAACUCCGUACAGGCAGCACCCGAAGUCGGGAUCGAUCCCGGGUCUCCAGUGCUGCAUUCGCUGUAAGGCAGCAACUCUACCGCUGGGCCACCGUGACUGCCGUCCUGAGGGAGUGGUCUCCUCUGUUGGGCAGCAGAGUGCACAACCGACCUAUUGCAAUGUGUUUCAAGAAGUUGCCAGUGAAUUUAUUGUCUUUUUCAGCAAAAACAAAGUUGUCACCGGUACAAUCAGAUUGCAACACCACAACCACCCCGAACACCCUGAUCUUUCCUCCCCGCUGCCAGAGUUAAUCAUUGUUAAUAGUUAACGUUCCCACUUUUGGUUGGAUGUCCACAUCAGUAAAUUGAGUCCCGCAUUUUAGCAACAUUUCCAUUUUACAUUGUUUCUCCCGCUUGCUAACUCACGAUUCCCCACAUUGGAAAAAAAUUCGGAAUGAAUUGAUAUUCCCAUAAAAAACCGUUGUGAAGUGUGUGUGUUUAUUUAGCCUGAGAUCCAGUCUGCGUUGCCAAAAUAGAAAGAAUUGGAUAAAGUGUUUCUAUUUGUUUGCACUGAUUAAAAAAAUAUCAGACAUGACCGUGUCCAAAUUUAACAGAAGCAAAUUAAAAAAAGAAUAAUAAUGUGCUUUUAAUAAUUUGCCAGGGAGGAGGAUUGCAACAUGUCCCUGUGCACAAUAAACCUGGGGUCAUUUGCCUUCACCGCAGGCAGGCUAAUGAAAAUUGAGUACUUAGACCCUGGGACCAGGGAUUGCGGCUUUUCAACCAGGUGGAGCAGCUCCACAGAAUACAGCGGAGAGGGGUGAAAAGAAAUUCUGUUGUUUUCUGCAUGAAAUAAACUAGUUGCUCCAUGACAACAAGCUACGUUAAAAAUGCCAAAUUCUGUUGUCCUGCGGCGUUUCAAUUCCCUGGGAGAAGACAAUAAAGCAUUUCAGGCAGAGUACUUAGAUAUUGAUGGUCCUGGCCAAAGAAAAGUUUACACCGUAAAUGGAAACUACCCUUCAAAAUCCAAGGACGACAAUGAAAAUUUAUCGAAAAAAGAAGAUCGCAUCAAGAUCGGCUUUUUUCAGCUGUUUCGGUUUGCCUCCUGCUACGAGGUGACUCUGAUGGUGUUUGGGGGUGUCUGCGCCCUGCUUCACGGGGUUGCCCAGCCGGCAGUGCUGCUGGUGUUUGGGCUGUUAACGGACACCUUCAUUGCCUACGACAUCGAGUUACAAGAACUCAAGGACACACGUAAACACUGCAACAAUAACACCAUCCAUUGGGUCAACGGGUCAGAAUACCUCAAUCAGCAUAACGAGACCAUGUCCUGUGGGAUCUUAAACAUUGAAAAAGAAAUGACCAUGUUUGCUUAUUAUUACGUUGGAAUAGGAUGCUCUGUGUUACUUUUGGGCUACUUCCAAAUCUGUUUCUGGGUCACUGCAGCUGCACGUCAGACCCAGAAAAUCCGCAAGGCUUACUUCCGGCAGAUCAUGAGGAUGGAGAUGGGUUGGUUUGACUGUAAUUCCGUUGGGGAAUUGAACACACGGAUGUCAGAUGACAUUAAUAAGAUUAACGAUGCCAUCGCUGACCAGGUUGGCAUCUUCAUCCAGCGCUUCUCCACCUUUGUGAGUGGCUUCCUCAUGGGCUUUGUGAACGGCUGGAAGCUGACGCUGGUCAUCAUUGCCGUCAGCCCGCUGAUCGGGCUCGGAGCCGCACUCAUGGCGCUGUCUGUCGCCAGGCUAACUGGUCUGGGUUUGAAAGCUUAUGCCAAGGCCGGGGCAGUGGCCGAUGAGGUCCUUUCAUCCAUCAGGACUGUAGCUGCGUUCAGCGGGGAGAAAAAGGAGGUGGACAGAUAUGACAGGAACCUGGUGUUUGCUCAGCGCUGGGGCAUUAGGAAAGGGAUGAUCAUGGGAUUCUUCACCGGCUACGUGUGGAUGAUUAUCUUCUGCUGCUAUGCCCUGGCCUUCUGGUACGGGUCGAAGCUGGUGAUCGAGCAGAAUGAAUACACCCCAGGAGGUCUAUUACAGGUGUUCCUGGGCGUGCUGGUAGCCGCCAUGAACCUUGGCCAGGCCUCCCCGUGUUUGGAGGCCUUCGCUUCGGGCCGCGGAGCUGCCGUGAAGAUAUUUGAAACCAUCGACCGGGAGCCCGAGAUUGACUGCAUGUCAGAGGGGGGCUACACACUGAACAAAGUCAAGGGCGACAUCGAGUUCCACAACGUGACCUUCAACUACCCAUCCAGACCAGACGUGAAGACACUUGACCGACUGAGUAUGGUUAUUAAAGCAGGAGAAACGACAGCAUUUGUUGGCCCAAGUGGGUCUGGUAAAAGCACAGCAGUGGAGCUGAUACAGCGAUUCUACGACCCUAAACAGGGGAUGGUGACCCUCGAUGGCCACGACAUUCGCUCUCUGAACAUCCAGUGGCUGCGUUCGCUGAUUGGCAUCGUUGAGCAGGAGCCCGUCCUGUUUUCCACCACCAUUGAGGAGAACAUCCGCUACGGGCGGGAGGGACUGACGAAGAACGAUAUUGUCCAGGCAGCCAAGGAGGCCAAUGCGUACGACUUCAUCAUGGACCUGCCCGAGAAAUUCAACACCCUUGUGGGCGAGGGUGGAGGACAGAUGAGUGGAGGGCAAAAGCAACGUAUCGCCAUCGCACGAGCUCUGGUGAGGAAUCCCAAAAUCCUGCUGCUGGACAUGGCGACAUCAGCCCUGGACAACGAGAGUGAGGCCAUCGUUCAAGGGGCCCUCGACAAGGUUCGGUUUGGUCGAACAACCAUCUCCAUCGCACAUCGGCUGUCCACUGUAAGGAAUGUUGAUGUGAUCAUUGGCUUUGAACAUGGGAGAGCGGUGGAGAGGGGAAGGCACGCAGAGCUACUGGAGAGGAAAGGGAUUUACUUCACGUUGGUUACACUACAGACCCAGGGAGAACAGGCUCUCCACGAGAAGGCCCGGCAAGUGAACGGUGCGAUCGAGGAUGGAGCGAGUGAGAAACGGCAGCUGAUCAGGCGUGGGAGCAGCCGUGCCAGUGUGCGAUCCACGAGGCACCAGCGCUCCAGGUCUCAGGUGUCUGAAGUACUUAGCGAUCUGUCUGGGCCGGGAGAUGUGGCUUCAGCUGUCCGCACACCCUCCAUAUCCCUCGGGGAUGAGGACAAGGAUGUGGAGGAAGAGGAAGAGAGUAUUGAGCCGGCUCCUGUGUCCAGAAUCCUGAAAUACAACGUGUCCGAGUGGCCCUACAUGUUGUUUGGUUCUCUCGGGGCUGCAGUCAACGGUGGCGUCAAUCCGAUCUAUGCUCUCCUCUUCAGUCAGAUCCUGGGGACAUUUUCGCUGCAAAACGAAGAAGAGAAAAUAAACCAAAUAAACGCAAUCUGUUUGUUUUUUGUUGUCGUUGGACUCGUCUCAUUCCUAACACAGUUCCUUCAGAGCUAUUUCUUCGCCAAGUCUGGUGAGUUGCUGACUCGAAGAUUGAGAAAGCUGGGCUUCCAGGCCAUGUUGAGACAAGAGAUCGGUUGGUUUGACGAUCGGAAGAACAGCCCCGGCACAUUAACAACCCGGCUGGCCACUGAUGCCUCGCAGGUGCAAGGGGCUACGGGGACCCAGAUUGGGAUGAUUGUCAACUCGAUCACCAAUAUCGGCGUCUCCCUCAUCAUCGCCUUCUACUUCAGCUGGAAGCUGACGUUGGUCAUUCUCUGCUUCCUGCCCUUCCUGGCCCUGACCGGUGCCCUGCAAGCUCGCAUGUUGACCGGCUUCGCCAACCAGGACAAGGAGGCCCUGGAGGCUGCUGGCCAGAUAUCCAGUGAGGCCCUGAGUAAUAUCCGGACCAUCGCUGGGCUGGCCAAAGAGAAGAUGUUUGUGCAGUUGUUCGAGGCGCAGCUUGAAGCCCCGUACAAAGCGGCGAUAAAAAAGGCCAACGUCUAUGGUUUGUGCUUCGGCUUUGCCCAGUCCGUCAUCUUCCUCGCCAACGCUGCGUCCUACCGCUUUGGUGGUUACCUUGUGGUGGCCGAGAACCUACACUUCAGCAUCGUAUUCAGGGUGAUUUCUGCGAUAGUGACAAGCGGCACGGCGCUGGGGCGAGCAUCUUCGUACACUCCAGACUACGCCAAGGCCAAAAUAGCGGCCGCACGCUUCUUCCAACUGAUCGAUCGCGCCCCCAAGAUCAACAUCGACAGCAACGAAGGAGAAAAAUGGAGCAACUUCAGAGGAGACAUUAAGUUUGUGGAGUGCACGUUCACCUACCCCACGAGGCCAGAUUUCCAGGUACUGAACGGGCUCUCGGUGUCUGUGAUGCCCGGGCAGACCCUGGCCUUUGUCGGCAGCAGCGGCUGUGGGAAGAGCACCAGUGUGCAGUUACUGGAGCGCUUCUACGACCCGAACCAGGGACGAGUGAUUAUCGAUGGCCGCAGCACAACAAACGUAAACACGGCCUUCUUGCGAUCGAAGAUUGGGAUUGUUUCUCAGGAGCCGGUGUUGUUUGACAGCAGCAUCGAGGAGAACAUUAAAUACGGUGACAACAGCCGGCAGGUCAGCAUGGACGAGGUCAUCGCUGCAGCGAAGAAGGCUCAGCUCCACAGCUUUGUCAUGUCCCUGCCAGAGAAAUACGGCACCAGGGUUGGGGCCCAGGGCUCGCAGUUGUCCCGUGGGCAGAAGCAGCGUAUUGCCAUCGCACGAGCCAUCGUCCGUGACCCAAAGAUCCUGCUCCUGGAUGAGGCCACGUCUGCGCUCGAUACAGAGAGUGAAAAGAUUGUCCAGGAUGCUCUAGAUGAAGCCAGGAAGGGACGGACUUGUAUUGUCAUCGCACACCGGCUGUCGACUAUUCAGAACUCGGAUAUCAUUGCGGUCAUGUCUCGAGGAAUCAUUAUUGAACAAGGAUCUCACGGGAAUCUCAUGGCGGCUAAAGGGGCUUACUAUAAACUUGUCACGACUGGAGCCCCCAUCAGCUAAAUAACGUCAAAGCAAAUCCACAAUCUUUAUUCAACCACUUCAUAAGACCAUAGUGACGGGGGCAGAAUUAGGCCAUUCGGCCCAUCAAGUCUACUCUGCCAUUCAAUCAUGGCUGAUCUAUCUCUCCUUCCUAACCCCAUUCUCCCACUCAAAUGCCCCUUGCUCAAAUGCCCUUUCAAAUCUUGUCACUACUCCAGUUUUCUUCUCCAUAAAGUCCAUGGAUGUUAAAUGCUGCAACAUAUGUUGUACAUUUUUUUUAAUGUCUGUUUAUCUUUAAGUAGAAUUUCUUUGUACAUUUUGUCAGAACUUUAAAAAUCUAGCAACACAAUAAUUGAGCUGCUCGCAUGAGUCAGUAAAAUAGUUUUGUUUCUCCAUAACUAACGCUUUCUAACUUAACUGGAAUUAAAUAUGACAGUUGAUAAUUGUUUGAAGCAUUUCAAUGACACAGAACAAAUUACAAACAUACCUCAAGUAAUACCUCAAAUAAUGAGUUUUGUCAAAGUUUUAUGAAACUAAAAUAAAAAAACAGUAGACCAUUGUCCAAA